GGAAAAAGCCCUUUGGAUCAACCGUUGCCUCUCUAGGGUUCCCGCUGCAUCCUCCUCGUUGUCAUUUCCCCCAGGACGACCCCUUUCCGCUUCCUCGUCUGCCGUCGAGUGACUCGAGUCCGCCAUGGCGAGGAUCAAGGUCCACGAGCUUAGAACGAAGACGAAGACUGAGCUCCUGAGCCAGCUGAAGGAUUUGAAGGCCGAGCUCGCGCUCCUCCGCGUCGCCAAGGUCACCGGAGGCGCCCCGAACAAACUCUCUAAGAUAAAGGUGGUAAGGUUGUCGAUUGCGCAGGUUCUGACGGUCAUAUCACAGAAGCAGAAGGCCGCACUCAGGGAAGCCUACAAGAAGAAAAAGUACAUCCCGCUCGAUUUGAGGCCGAAGAAGACUCGAGCGAUUCGGCGCCGUCUAACCAAACACCAGGAAUCGUUGAAGACAGAACGCGAGAAGAAAAAGGAGAAGUACUUUCCCAUGAGGAAGUAUGCCAUCAAGGUGUAGGUGUUGUCAAGAGUGAACCUGCAAGUCAAACUAACGAUGUCCGGGUUUUGUAGGAAAUCAAUUUUGUUCACUGCUUAAACAAUGGCAAUUAUUGUCUCUAUUGGACGAGAUUUUUUUUGUGUGAAAUUUCCUUUUAUUCCCUCA